UAUUCCAAGCACAUCCCCUUGUCACACCCUGUAUGUCUUGAGUGCUGCUGAUCUAGGUACGAGCCCGGAUGAGAUGGACGUCAGUCUCAUGAGAGCGCUCGAGUGUUGCCGUUUGUGGAAUGCGAUCCUGCUCCUUGAUGAAGCCGAUGUCUUCCUCGAGAGCCGAGAUAUUAACAGUCUGGCUCGAAAUGAGCUUGUCUCGAUCUUCUUGCGACGGCUAGAAUACUACCGAGGGCUCAUGUUUUUAACAACAAACCGGCUCAAUGUCAUUGACCCAGCAUUCAAGUCCAGGAUUGAUCUAAUACUCCCGUAUUAUAAUCUUGAUAAGAGUUCCCGCCGGGCCGUGUGGGUUAACUUUAUCAAUAAACAGGGACCGGGCGCCGCAGACAUCAGCGACAGAGACUUUGAUGAGCUUGCAGAAGUCGAAGCAAACGGACGAGACAUCAAAAACAUAGUCAAGACAGCUCUGGUGUUCUCGACCCGCAUGACGGUGCCCCUCAGGCUGGAACAUCUUCGGACUGUGCUGAACAUCCGAGAGCGCGUAGUCUCAUUCGGGCUUAAUGAUGAUCGGGCAAAGCGGUCGUAGUCCAGGGGACACGCAUGGCGAUAAAGACGAGGACACGAAGGGAGCUUUGGAAGCGAUUUGCCCUCUAUCUAAUAGUCUGUGAAACUUACGAUUGUCUGUUUUCAGAGGCCUUCACUGAGAUAUUAGUUAGUCGCAUUAAAGCUGACUUAAGACCUUGCAACGUCAGCAUUCUACUGAAUCAAACUCGAUGAAUUUGAG